AUGGCUAGGUAUAGGAAAGGCAAAGAUGCAAAAUAUGCGGAGACAAUUAGCGAUGACGAAGAUCAGAAAGCCAUCAGAUAUUAUGCCAGAGAAAAUUACUGGCAGAGGGAAGCCGAUAUUCCAGUUCACCAAUCAAUAUUCAAUAUAUCUGAACAACCGUUUUCAGCAAUCAAUGCAACCUUGUUACCUGAUUCGUUUGCGGAAGCGUCGGAAAUCUUUGACGAAUUUGGAUUCCGUAUCGAUUGCAGAAUUAAUAGCAACAAUUUGCUACCGGUUGAAACGUCUCAGAAUCGAAUGCGCUGGAUAGCACUGCUUGAAUUUGGACACGAUGAUGUGAAAGAAGAGUUGGUAUGGUCGAAGGUGGAUGUGGAGAAAUUGGAUUAUGAGAAGUUGAUGAAUCUUAUCCAUGAAGUUGGAAUCGCCCAUUCGCUUCGGCCUUUUCUUUGGCCGAGGUUUUGCGGUGCCACAAAAAAGAAAGCGGCAAGUGCUUUCAGCUAUGUCGAGGUAAUCAAGCAGUGCGACAAGGAUAAGUCAUCAAUAAACACGCAGAUUGAAAAGGAUUUACCAAGGAGUUUACCUAACAAUAUAUGUUUUUGGCAUCCCAAUAGUAAAGCUUCGUUAUUGCUGUUUUGUCCAGAAGAAACAGUAUUCUGGAUUAUAGCUUCAUUAAUUGAAGAUAUAUUCCCGCCCAAUUACUACAGUCGAUCAUUUCUUGGUUUGCAGGCAGAUGAACGAGUUUCGCAGCAGCUAAUUGGUAUUCAUCUACCUGAACUGGAUCGUAUUUUAAAAGACAAUGAUGUUGAGUUGUCAUUAAUUACUGUUAAUUGGUUUCUAACAGCUUUCGCCUCAGUUCUUUCCAUGCGCGUCUUGCUGCGUGUUUGGGAUUGUUUGUUCGUUUUUGGUGGAGUGACGAUGUUCAGGGUGUUAAUCUCACUUCUGAAAAUGAAGGAGAAUGAUUUGAUGGAAAUGAAAUACAACGAAAACGCUGCAGUAGAAUUAUUCAAUACAAUAAUGCAGAUUCCAACUUGUUUAAGUAAUCCAGGGUAUUUAAUGGAACUGUGUACAUCUUUUGAAUUUUCCAUAACUACGGAAUUUAUCGAAAGAACUCGAAAACAUCAGCAAGCAAUCCUAUUAGCUAGCCAAGGACUUAUCAUAAACACAAAUAAUGUCACAAAUUUACCUAAACAGCAUGUUCGAAAGCGUAAGCUAGCGGGAUCAAAAAAUUUUGUGCAACAAAUAUUUGCUUCAUCCAAGGAACAGGAUAUGGAAAGUGACCCGAAGACAAAAAAUGUUCGGCUUACUGAACUUAUCGUCGAUUUACGAGAUGCCGUUUUGCAUAUUUGUCGAUAUUUCAUUGAAUGCGAUGAGUCGUUUAAAAGAGUAGUUAAUUUACAGGCGGACUAUUCAGCAGAGGAUCAGCGAAAUGAAAAGGAGGAAUUCUUAAAAAAGCGGCAUAACGAAUAUCGUCGUGCGAGAGCAUUAUUAGAUUUUAGGCGGCAAGAUGAGGAUGAAUUAGGAUUCAGGAAGAAUGACAUAAUAACAGUUAUUUGUGAAAAAGAUGAACAUUGCUGGAUCGGUGAAGUAAAUGGACUAAGGGGAUGGUUUCCUGCAAAAUUUGUUGAGAUAGUUGAUGAUCGUGGGCGUAACUACACGAUAUACGGUGAUGAAGCGGUUUUUCCAGAGAUAACGGACAAAAUCCGCAGACGUCUGGCUUCAGCGUUGAAGCUGAUUUUAGAGCAUGGACUGCGAACAUUGGGUGUACUUAAUUUCGCUUCACAUCCAUGGCUUUUCAUCGGUAUUUUUUCGUUAUGUGAAGGAAAAAAGAGAUUUCACGAAGUUUUGUGCAAAAAACAUUAUAAUGCCGUAUAUUCUCGUCUAACACUUUGUUCAACAUUCAGUUUGGACCAAGAUGGAGAGGUAUUAACGCCAGAAGAGCUGUUAUUCCGGGCCGUUAAGUUGAUCAACGAAUCGCAUAAUGCAGUUGGUGCCCAAAUGGAUGUAAAAUUUCGCUCUCUAAUUGCUCGAGCAGUUUGCGAACAGUGUCUUCAUUUGUGGUUUGAUUUGUUGUGCAGCUGUCCGGAACAAGAGCAGAUCAGAAUUAAAUUUUACCAUUCGUGGUCAUUCAUACGAUCACCCAUAUGGAAGCAGAUAAAAUGUGAACUACGACUUCUGGCACAAUUCUCCUUUAAUCUAAGUGUUGAUUAUGAAAUCGCGGAAAUCGUCAGAAGGAGAAAGAAUUUGAAUUUAAAUGAGACACUGAAAAAAAAGGCCUCUUUGAACAUAUUACCAACAACGAUUCGAAGUUCGUUUGAUCAGCCAUUAAAAGAAGGUGUGCGAGAUAUGCUGAUUAAGCAUCAUCUCUUUAGCUGGGAUUUAUAG